AUGAUCGAAGAAACUGAGGCCACCUAUGAUGAAGAUGGCCCACAAGUGGACUUUGCUUACGAUGAUGUUGGCAGCUCAUUUGGCCUGCCGCUUCGUCGCUCACGUUCCAAGUCCUCCGAUGCUGAUCAAGGCAACCCACCAGCACUGAAAAGUCGGAGGGUGACCAUCGAGGAGGUUUCUGAUGAAGAUGCUGUGAGAACAAAUAGUGGGCGAUAUUUCAAGGAAUGCCCUGAUGGUGGACGGACUCUGCGGGAGGGAGAAACUGGUUUUGAGAGCUAUCGGAAGUAUAAAAAAAGCAUGGGUGAGGACGAGUGGGCACCUUUUUGCGAUGAGGAAGAAUGGGGACUCGCAGAGUGGCUCGUUAAAAGUCUGGGCCAGACCCGAACCAAUGAUUUUCUAAAGUUGCCGAUAACACGAAACCGAAUGCAACCAUCCUUCCACAACAACCGAUCGUUCCUCCAGAAGGUCGAUGAACUUCCACAUGGAGCUGCCUGGAGCUGCAAGAAGAUCAGUGUCCGGGGAAACCAAACAGACGAGAAGGGUGAACCAUUGCAUGAAGAUGUCGAGCUUUGGAUGCGUGAUCCUGUGGAGUGCAUCAAAGACCUGAUCGGAAAUCCUCAAUUCAAGGAUCACAUGGUGUACGCACCUGCACAAGCAUACACAGACUCUGCGGGACUCAACCGAGUGAUUGGUGACAUGUGGACUGCAGAUUGGUGGGGGGAAAAGCAAAAACAGUUACCAAAAGGAGCGACCAUAGCACCUAUCAUUCUUGCUUCAGACAAGACAUGUUUGUCACAGUUCCGAGGUGACAAAUCUGCGUGGCCUAUAUACCUCUCAAUCGGCAACAUUGCCAAAGAAAAAAGGCGACAACUGUCAGCACGAGCAACAGUCCUGAUUGGGUACUUACCUGCAGAAAAACUCGAAUGCUUUACAUCAGAUACACGCUCCCUUGCUGGUUACCGGCUCUUCCACCAUUGUAUGUCCCUCCUGCUGCAACCGCUCAUUGCUGCAGGACAAAAUGGCAUUGAAAUGGUAUGCGCUGACUCGAUGAUCCGCCAAGUUUACCCGAUCCUUGCAGCAUAUGUGGCGGAUUUCCCUGAACAAUGCCUGGUCGCAUGUUGCAAGGAGAACCGUUGCCCAAAAUGUCUGGUUGCGGCGGAUGAAAGAGGUGAUCCACUGAGUACACCGAUGCGGGACCCUCCAUUGAUAAAAGAGAUAUUGAAGAAGCGACAAAAUGGUCAACAUCCAGCUGAAUUCGAAGACUAUGGAUUACGCACCGUCUAUCAUCCUUUUUGGGCUGACCUUCCACACACAGACAUCUUCCUUGCCUUCACACCCGACCUCCUACACCAACUCCACAAGGGCGUCUUCAAAGAUCACUUGGUUAAAUGGUGCCUUGAUAUCGUUGGUCAAGCUGAAAUGGACGCACACUUCAAAGCCAUACCGGAUUAUCCCGGUCUUCGGCACUUCAAAAAAGGAAUCUCGACGGUGAAACAAUGGACGGGUACAGAACACAAGCAGAUGCAGCGUGUUUUUGUAGGGUUGCUUGCUGGUGCAGUACCAAGUGGAGUGUUGGUGGUUGCACGCGCUAUUCUAGAUUUUUCUUAUUACGCGCAGCUUCGAAUACACACAGUUGACACCCUUGAUCAUCUGGAGAGCGCCCUUUCGGUAUUUCACGCCAACAAAGAAAUCCUGCGCGAACUCGAAGUUCGAGAUCAUUUCAAUAUUCCUAAAUUGCACCAACUCUCGCACUACGUCCAGUCCAUCUCAUUGUUCGGUACUACUGACGGGUUCAACACCGAGCUUCCUGAACAACUGCAUAUCGACUUUGCUAAAGAAGCUUACCGCGCUCAUCACCAAAACUGUCCAACGUAUAUAUAA